AUGGACAACGAGACAGCCCUGAGGAGCAAGAUAGCGCCGUGCGAGCUGCCACCCAACCUCGUGUUGGAGAUAAUGGCACGGCUGCCCGUCAAGUCGCUACUCCGGUUCAGGUGCGUCUGCAAGGCGUGGCGCCACACCAUCUCCGACAAUGUGGCGUUUCGCGGUGCCCACCUCCGUGCCCAGAAGCCACGCUUGCUCGUCUGGACCAGUACGAGAGAGGACCACAGGAACAAGGUCACCACCAUCGGCUUGUACGUGUCGGAAGAGAGUGUAGCCCUCGCGGACACCAUGGAUUUACCCCAUGAAGACGAUGCACAUUUCUUCGCGCACUGCGGAGGGCUGGUGCUGGUGCCCAUGGAGACCGUGGUCCGUGUGGUCAACCCAGCCACACGGCGCGUCCUCCCACUGCCUCCGAGCUCCAACAGUGUAGCAACUGACUGCUUCUACAAGCUGCUCAUCCACCAAGUGUUGGGGAACGUCAAUUAG